AGCAAACACAGCUCCCUCACAACAAUCAAUUAAUCAGAGAUAGAAGAAUGGAUAACUAUAGCCACAAGAAAUUCACCGGAGCACUGAAGCGGAAGCGCAGCCAGGAUGGGGAUUCCGAUGAUGAUGUGGUCUUCGUCAUGGAGCAACAGCCAGGUCAACGUACUCCGGAGCAGCCCCAAGCCAAGCGUCGCUUCUUCCGCCCCUGGUUGGAUGAGUCCGCGGAGAAGGAACAGCCACAGCCGCCUCGUAAGAUUGCGGCCACACCCCCGCAAAUGGAUGCCACCUACCACGCCAAUAUGGUGCGCAAUCAUCACCAGCGUCGCCAUCGCAGUCCCAAGGAGCAAUUGCGUCGGGAUCGGAACACGUUGGCCAGUCUGCGCCACCGGCGAUCCCAGCAGCAACAACAGCAGAUCAUCGAGCAGGAGUACCUGGCCAGUCGGAUCCAACAUGAGGCCAAGCUGCAGCAGCAGAUCCGCCUGAGCCUCUACUACGUGCGCUUCCUGCAGCAGACUAUGGCCUCCAUGGAGCCACUGCCUCCCACGCAGCCAAAGCAGAUGCUCCCGCCCCAGAAGACCACCACCCAGCAUCCUUGA